CGCUCUUUUGUCUUGGCAUAAAGGCUUCACGCGAGCAUGAAUGCUUGGUUCAACAGGUGAAUGUGUGGACCUGUAUCUUGCAGCUGAGAGACCGAUGGAGAAAUACACACAAGCACUGCCACCCCAUUCUCCUUUACAUUCCCCCCAAAAUAACUCGGAAGCUCUGUCUCGAUCCCCCUCUCUUCCACAGCCUGCUGCUGUUCUCUCUGCGUCCCUUUCUUCCUCCCCAACCACCCCAUCCUCCUAUCUUCACUUUACAUCAACCCCUCGGGCAUCUGGAGAGUCACAUUGCCUCAGUCCCUCCACAGUAUCUGACCAGGAUGACCUGACCUGCCUCAACUGGCUGCAUCAAAGAGGGAACCUGUUGCCUUUGCAGCCACUGCCCAAAAUCACCACACUGCCCCAGACAUUAGAUCCCGUUCCUGUCCAGCAGCUGCCUUCCUCCGGUGCCAAACCCCCGUACUCUUUUAGCAGUCUCAUCUUCAUGGCAAUAGAAGAUUCGCCUGAGAAGAGUCUCCCUGUGAAAGGUAUUUAUGAGUGGAUUGUCGACAACUUCCCCUAUUAUAAAGAGGCUCCCGGUGGAUGGAGGAACUCGGUCCGACACAACCUUUCCUUGAGCAAGAGCUUCCAACGAAUACAUCGAGACAAGAGUCAAUCUGUUGGAAAGGGCUCAUUAUGGCGUGUUUGUCCAGAAUAUCGACCAUCUCUUCUAGAAGUUCUUAGAAAAACUCAUUAUUGUCAUCGUACCAACAGUAACUUGCUGAACAAGCCUGUUUUGUUGGAGGCGGCUGAUAAUGGGCAGAACACCUUGGGUGAGACUAUGGAAAUUUCAGAUCUAGAUUCUCUGUCUUCAAACCCGCCGUGCUCUUUGACACCAGAUCACGAGGAGCUGGUCCCCAUUGAGUCUGUGGAUCUGACAGAGGUUAUCGGCGAGGAUUCAGAGAAAGAUCCACUGGCAGACAGCGGUUACAUUGAGUUACACUAUUACCAGUAUCAGCAGUAUCAGUACCUGGUUCUUCCAGGAGACACUGAGUUGGACCUGGAGACGGUUGAGAUACUGCAGCUUGAUGCAGAGGCUCAGGAGGCUGCAGGGUCACUGCUUGAUCUUGCGGGAGGCAACCUCUGAAAGCUUACCUGUGUGCUGUGUACAAGCAAGGAGGGUUAAUGGGGAGAUGGGGCCACUGCGAGAACUCUAGGCUUGAUGUACUAUUGGCACCUUAUAACUGCCUGAACUUUUACUUACUGUCAUGAAAGGUGCAACAUAAGCAAUUCCAAAUAAUCUAGUGAUUCGAAUAAAACAUUUGUAGGGACUGACAACAGCACUGUGAGGGUAUCCUUGGUAUUAGUGUAUAAUAGGUAA